GCCAGUAGUGGGAGGAUUUCUAGGCUUUCCAGAGGCCAAGGUGAAUACUAUGAGGAUCGAGGUAACCACACACCCCUCAAAAUCAUCAUGCCUCGGAGGCACAAGAGUAAGAGCUGCAAAAAGCAGAAUCCACAAGAUUCCCAAGAUGGAGAUGAUAGCUGCAAGAUGUUACAGGCAGCUGCCACAACAGAAAAGCCCCCCUCCUCAUCUUCUGGUUUGGAGAGUAAUCCCAAGAGCUCAUCAGUUAGUGAUCUAACUGGUACUUCCCAGGCAUCUUGCAGAGCUCCAAAUACCUCUAUGACCCCUUCAGAUGCUUUUCACACAAAAUCUGAGAACAGCCAAGAUGAGGAGCAUUCAUGUUCCUCUGAGGUCCUAUCUCUGGAGAACACAAGCUGUGAUCCUCUGGCUAUGGAAGUGACGAUCUUGCAGAAGUUUAUUUUGUACAGGUAUAGAGCGAAGCAUCUCAUUCUGCGGGAAGACAUGAUAAAUAUUAUUGACCGAAAGUACCGCCGCCAAUUUCCGGAGAUCUUCAAGAGAGCCUGUGAGAGUCUUGAGGAUCUCUUUGCAGUUGACCUGAAGGAAGCAGACUCAAUCAAACCGGCCUAUGAACUUGUCAGCAAACUGAAACUCCCCAAUAAGGGGAGGGUGCGUGCUGGCAGGGGGUUACCCAAGACUGGUCUCCUGAUGAAUGUCCUGGGUGUGAUCUUCAUGAAUGGCAACUGUGCCAGUGAGGAAGAGGUCUGGAACUUCCUGAAUGCCAUGCGAGUGUUCCCUGGGAGGAAACACUACAUCUAUGGGGAACCUAGGAAGCUUAUCACCAAAGAUCUAGUCAAGCUAGAGUACCUGGUGUACCGCCAGGUGCCCAACACUGAUCCUCCAUGCUACGAGUUCCUCUGGGGUCCCAAAGCUUACACAGAAACAACCAAGAUGAAAAUCCUCGAAUUUUGGGCCAAGCUCAAUGAGAAAGUUCCAACUGCCUUCCCAUUACAAUACGAAGAAGCUUUGAGAGAUGAGAUAGAAAGAGCACAAGCCAGAUUGGCAGCCAGGAUUGGCACUGGUACCAUGGGCCAGAAAUAUUCCAUGGCCUGGUCAACCAGUGUCUCCACAACUAGUAAAAUAUGAGGAUUAAUUUUUGUCAUGAACAAAAUAUAUGACAUCAUAAUAGAAUCUUGCAUGGACAUGGGAAAGAAUCCCACAGUAAAUCUGUUGGAAUAAUAGAAUAAAAAA